AUGCCGCCUUCUACAAUCAUGGCUCACAUCGAUGUAGAUGCAUCGGCCGACUUGGAUCCCCGAGUUGAUAUGCAUGAUCGCCAGCCAAAUCUCGUUGACGAGUUAUUUGAGUUCCAGAUCGACUUGAAUAAAGUCGUCCCAAAAGAUGCAUAUUCACUCCCCAACAUUGAUAGAUUGGUCGAUGGAGCUUCCAGGUAUGCCAUGCUCAAUUUUCUUGAUGCCUACUCAAGUUACAAUCAGAUCUUGAUGUACCCCCCAGAUGAAGAGAAUAUUGCAUUCUUAAAGGAACAAACCAAUUACUGUUACCGUGUCAUGCCUUUCAGACAAAAAUGCAAGAGCUACUUACCAAAGACUCAUGGAUAA